ACGCCCCCCGCCCUUGGCCAAGGCCCAGACGCCAUUGCGGGCUCGCGGCGUUCGCAUCUCCUCUGAUCUCCCUCCCAUGGCCGCCGCCUCGCGCGCCGGCGACCCGCCGGAGUCGACGCGCCUCCGUGUCGGCGACGACAUCGCCUGGUCCGAGAUCAACGGCGUCUACGACCGCGACGACUCCCUCAAGGAGAACACCAACCCCAAGUGCCUCCUCAAGAACCACCCCCACCACAACAACGGCUCCUCGCAGCGGUUCUCCGGCAACCUCAAGCCGACGGCCGCGCCCAUCAUCGGCCUCUCCGGGAAGCUCGGCGGGGGCGGGCGGCGGCAGCACAACCACCCGCCGGCAAUCUUCCCCAAGAAGGCCAAGACCGGCGGCGGCGGGCGCGCGCCAAAGGCCGCCGUCCCGGAGCCCGGGUCCCCCAAGGUGUCAUGCAUCGGGAAGGUCCUCUCCGACCGCGAGCGCGCGCGCCUCGGCCGGCCGCCGAGGACGCGCGGGAGCUCGAGGCAGCCCGGGUGCUGCGGCGGGCUCGGGUUCUUGAUGCGGCGGAGCAGGUCCAGGAAGAGCGCCGUGGAGUGCGUCGACCAGUCCCCGCCGCCGCCGUCAUUGCCGCCUCUCGCAGAGGCGCCGAGGAGGCGGAGGGAAGAGAAGGAGGUGGAACCGGAGCCGGAGGCCACGACGGCGGCGGCGCCGGGGCUGGGAGGCAUGCGGCGGUUCGCGUCGGGGAGGCGGGCGGCGGAGUGGGCGGCCGAGAUGGAGGACGACGACGGGCGCGUGGCGAGAUCUGGGCCGUUGUAGCGCGUGCAGUGCAGGGGUAGUUGAGGCGUAGCUUUCGGUUUUGGUUGUGGCUGUGCUUUACGAGUAGUUGAGCUGUGUAAAUACUGCACUUAGAAAUUGAUGAGGUUUGGAUUGACAAAUUUUUGGUGCUCUGUUCUGUCUUGUUUUCAUUUGCUGUAAAUUCGAUUCUGGUCUUGCAGUGCACUAUCUAUAUAGAGAUUUA